GGGAAGCUGACAGGAAGGGGCGGAGCCCACGCCGCCCCGCGCCGCGAGGGAGGGAGCGGCGGGAGCCCGCGGCGGAGGUGAAGGCUAGCGGCCGCGUCACCCUGGCCACAACCCGGCCCUGCUCUGACGUGCGCGUCGCUGCGGAGACCCUCGGCCGGGUGGGACCACGCCAUGGCCCCCACCGACGCCCCGUCGGCCCUGGCGCUCAGGGCCGUGGGCCCCGCCGCCGCCGCCGCCACCCCGUACGGCGCCUUCUGCAAGGGGCUGUCCCGCACUCUGCUCGCCUUCUUCGAGCUGGCCUGGCAGCUGCGCAUGAACUUCCCGUACUUCUACAUCGCGGGCUCCGUGAUCCUCAACAUCCGCCUGCAGGUACACAUCUAGAGCGGCGUCCGGGCUGCUGGCGGCCCGCAAGAUGGCCGCUGCCCGGGCCGCCGCGCAGCGCCGCCGGGAUGCGCGAGAAGAACGAGCAGUCUCACGAGAGCACGCUCGCGCGCGGCCUGCUCCCUCCCCCGGGAAGUGGAGGGGGGAAAGCCAGUUGGGUCUGUGUUCUUCCUGAAGCAGAGACAUUUAAGACCCGAGGGAGUACCUAAGGAACACCAGUAAACUGGCGAAUCUUAGGCUACGACAAGUGGCACAGGACGCGUUAUGAGAAAGGAGGGUUACGUUUUUCAGGAGCACAGAUUUACAUCAAACUCUACGUUUUGGGAUUCACUUUUUUGAGAAUAUUUGGACUGUGAGCUAGACAUUGAUUAAGAGGCCUGUUCCAUCAAGACUGUGAUCUGGAAGCAUGUUAUCUCCACCUCCCACAAGAGGAUACAUUGAAACUGUGGAUCAAAGCCAAACCACUGGAAAGCAUACGCGGAAUGCCAAAUAUGACAGCAGAAUUUUGAACAGAUAGUCAAAGUGAGUGAAGAUGUCCCUGUCAAAGAAACAUUGGAUCUAAAGAAAAGAAAGCCCAGUUGUGGCACAGGAAUUGACUACCAUUCCCUGAUAGUAAUGCAAAUGGCCAAAUUAAAAGGGAAUACUUAACUUUAGUUACAGAAUAAAAUGCAGAUGCUGCACAGCUUGUGGAAAUGACGUUUGACAGGUGGAGGGGCAAGCAAGUAAAAUGGAACGCUGCUGUGCUUGCAGAGUGGGAGGGUAAAUAUAUAUUCAUGUGUAUGGAGGGGGUAGCAGCACGAAGCAAACAGGAAAUUCCCAAGGAUGGAAUGUUCUGAAUGUCUGAAAAAGAGCAAAUAUCUGGUGUACGUGAAUGUAUGCUAGAGAAUUUUCCAAGUCUUGGGUGAAUUAGUAAUUGUGCUUUAUUUUGAAAUUAAAACUGAAGCCAUUACAAACCGCAAGAAAAAUAAAAUAAUCAUAAAUUAUGCUGCCAUACCUCCUGUGAAUAAUAUUGUACCUGUAAUAUAAAUUGUUACUUAACAAGAAAUAAUUAUAUAACAUUGGACAGCUGGAAGAUGAAAAAGAUGUAUGUAUAAUGAUGGCAUAUACAUCAAGAUCAGAUGGACUUGAGAUUUGGCUUUGUUACAGAGGGUUGCCCUAGCAUGCAUGAGGCUCUAAGUCUGGUUGCCAGCGCUACAAAAAAAAAAAAAAAAAGUCAGAUAUAUAAAAAGCAAAAUGAAGUGAUUGGAAAAAUCAAUGCAGAGACAUCAAAGAGCUAAAAACGGUUAUUUAUGGAGAAAAGAAAUGGGGAUAGGUAUAAGAAAAGUAAGGGUUCCUUGUUUUUUGUUACUAGUGUGACAGUAUUAUGUGAUUUAUUUUUAAUCAUGUAUAUGAUAUUCUUCCAGUAAAAUCUAAUUUAAAAUACUUUGUUUUUAAAAGCCCUCCUGGUAAUUGAAUCUUCCAUAAGUUAAAUGGUACAAAAGUAUAGUGGGAUAGGAAGUCUAAAUCAUAACACUGUUCAUGCUUGGCAAUAUUAAAUAUAUUUUUAUAGGAAUAUUUUACCUACUCUUAAUUGGGAAUAUUUUUCAUUUCUACUUGUGAUUCUCCUGACAUAUAAUUGUUUGCUUUCUAAACCCAUAUAAGAUGAAUAUAUGCUGUCAUAGGCAUGGGAUUGUCUUGGUUGUUUCUUCCCUAGGAGCACAUGUUAAGAUAGUGCAUGCUGCUUUAAAACCCCCUCUGCUGGCUUUGUGAGUAUAUUGCUAGUUUCCACGCUCUGAAAAAUCUAGGAUCCAGUGAGAGCCAGACAUAGUAACUCAUAGCUGUUAUCCCAGUACUCAGGAGGUUGAGUUGGAACCAGUCAUUCAAGCACAACCUGAACCACAUGAUGAAAAAGCUUUCUUUCUUUUUCCCAAAGAACCAAAAGCAAAAGAAUCCAGUUCUAAAAAAUAAAAAUUUUAGAAGGAAA